UUGCGGUCCUUAGCUUCCUGCCCAGUAACUCCUAGCCCUGGCCUCCUCGUGGCGUCGACUGGGAUACGAGUAACCUUAGUGAAGAUCGGGUAACCAACCCCGGUGGGAACUUUGGUCGUAUGCUGGCAGGGAAGGGGGGGUUACCCUUCUUCGGAAGGUGUAAACCUGUCCUGGUGCCCAGGUGGGACCUUAAGCAGUCCUGGCACGAUGGCCCACCGGCGAGACAGGUGGUUGGCGUAGGCCCUAUAAGCCACCCCUUAAAAAAACCCACAUAACGAACAAUACAGAAGAGAAUACGACCCAGAACAAUCGGCAACGACCCAGGCGACGAAUAAAGGAUCACGAUUGGAAACUCGGAACAUGGAACUGCAGAUCGCUCGGCUUCGCAGGAUGUGACAGGAUAAUCUACGACGAGCUACACCCCCGCAACUUCGAUAUCGUGGCGCUGCAGGAACUUUGCUGGACGGGACAGAAGGUGUGGAAAAGCGGGCAUCGAGCGGCUACCUUCUACCAGAGCUGUGGUACAACCAACGAGCUGGGAACCGGCUUCAUAGUGCUGGGCAAGAUGCGCCAACGUGUGAUCGGGUGGCAGCCGAUCAACGCAAGGAUGUGCAAGUUGAGGAUCAAAGGCCGUUUCUUCAACUACAGCAUCAUCAACGUGCACUGCCCACACGAAGGGAGACCCGACGACGAGAAAGAAGCGUUCUACAUGCAGCUGGAGCAGACAUACGACGGUUGCCCUCUGCGAGACGUGAAAAUUGUCAUCGGCGACAUGAACGCACAGGUAGGAAGGGAGGCAAUGUACAGACCGGUGAUCGGGCCUAACAGCCUGCAUUCCGUAUCAAAUGACAACGGCCAACGAUGUGUGAACUUCGCAGCCUCCCGUGGAAUGGUAGUCCGAAGCACCUUCUUCCCUCGCAAAGAUAUCCACAAAGUCACCUGGAGAUCACCGGACCAAGUAACAAAAAAUCAAAUCGACCACGUUCUAAUCGACGGUAGAUUCUUCUCGGACAUCACAAACGUCCGCACUUAUCGCAGUGCGAAUAUAGAUUCGGACCACCACCUGGUUGCAGUAUGCUUGCGCUCAAAACUUUGA